AUGGGUAGGCGGGUUCGACAACGCGCCCAGCAACAACAACCGCCACAGCAGCGGGUGCCACGGAGCGCUACAAUAACAACGCGCUACAUCGGCGGCUAUUGUGACCUCGCCAGCAACCACGCGCGAAGGCAACAACGCGCGAAGACCGCAACAACCGCUACAGCAGCGGGUUCGACAACGCGCUCAGCGAAACAACCGCCACAGCAGCGGGUUCGGCAACGCGCACAGCAACCACAACCGCCACAGAAGCGGGUACCAUGGAGCGCGACCGUAACAACGCGCUACGUCGGCGGCUAUUGCAACCGCGCCAGCAACCACGCGCGAAGACCGCAACAACCGCUACAGCAGCGGGUUCGACAACGCGCCCAGCAACAACAGCCGCCACAGCAGCGGGUACCACGGAGCGCUACAACAACAACGCGCUACAUCGGCGGCUAUUGCGACCGCGCCAGCAACCACGCGCGAAGGCAGCAACGCGCGAAGACCGCAACAACCGCUACAGCAGCGGGUUCGAGAACGCGCCCAGCAACAACAACCGCCACAGCAGCGGGUACCACGGAGCGCUACAAUAGCAACGCGCUGCGUCGGCGGCUAUUGCAACCGCGCCAGCAACCACACGCGAAGGCAACAACGCGCGAAGACCGCAACAACCGCUACAGCAGCGGGUUCGACAACGCGCCCAGCAGCAACAACCGCCACAGCAGCGGUCACAGCGGCGGGGUGUAG